GGGCAGCCCCCGAGCUGGGGCGGGGGCCGGGCGUGGCCCCGCUCCCGGCUCCCGGUGCCGCUGCGCUGCGGCCGGUCCCGGGUGCUGCUCCGCCGCGAUGGGCGCCGGGCGCCGCCGCCCGCUGCUGCCGCUGCUGCUGCCGCUGCUGCUGCUGCUGCCCGCGGCCCGCGGUGACUGCGGGCCGUUGCCAAAGUUACUGCACGCCGAGCCCCCAGAGGAAAACAAGCACCAAGCGAGCUUCGAGGUGGGCUCCAGAGUGACGUACCGGUGCCUGCAGGGCUUCGCCAAGCUCCCCAGGAUGUCGGAUACGGUGGAGUGCCUCGGGACGUCCCGGUGGUCCAACCUCCUCGAAUUCUGCGGUCGUAGCUGUCCUAGCCCACUACGUCUAAGUUUUGCUAAAAUAUCAGAAGAAGAUGAAACCAAGAAUUUUUAUGCUGUUGGGAGCACCGUGAAUUACACUUGUCGCCCAGGCUACGAGAAAACCACUGAAAAGCUCCUCACCAGCACCUGUCUUGAAAAUUUAACGUGGUCAGAAGUUCCUGAGCUAUGUCAAAAGAAAUCUUGUGGUGUUCCAGCAAAUGUGGAACAUGGAAAAGUUGCUGGAACAGAUCAUCUGUUUGGUGCAAGAGCAAAUGUAAUUUGUGAUGAUGGGUACAUACUAGCAGCCCAGUCACCUUACAUCCGCUGUUUGCUAAAGGGAAACGACGUUGCCUGGAGUAAACUCCCAAUUUGUCGGGCUAUUACCUGUGCUCCGCCUCCAGCUGUUCCCAACGGGCAGCACAACGGCAGCAGCGUGGAGGAGUUCACGUACAACUCAGCCGUGACUUACACGUGUGACCCUGGUCUCCAACUCAUUGGAAACGAAACUCUUCGUUGUACAUUUGAGAACAAGAUCUAUGGGGUCUGGAGCGGGCCUCCUCCCGAAUGCAGAGCUUUUUUCUCUAUAGUUGACACUACGGCAGUGACAAACCCAACUAAACUCUUAGAAGACGAAAGAGCAGAGAAUCACCAUGUCUUAGCGUUUAUCCUUAUCCCCAGUUGCAUUGGAGUCUGUAUACUUCUAGUUUGGGUCAUCAUGAGGUGGAAGAAAAAAAAGACAAAAUGUUCUUACGAUACAGGUUCCCCAAAGCAUGAAAUUAAGAGAAUGGAUCUGCAGAUGGGUCGAACAGUAACGGAUAAUGGAGAGAAGCCUGUGCCAUGGCAUGCCUUCUUCUGCCACCUCUCGAGCUGCCACGUGUGCCCCAGCUGCGAGGCCCGGCUGCACGCCCACCUGGGCCAGCCCGCCGGCCGCCUCUGCGCCACCUGCGAGGACUGGCUGCGCGCCCGGCACGGCCCCGCUGUCACCUACUCGGCCCUGAGCAUCAGCGGCGACCAGAGCCGAAACCCGGCGGAGAGAAGUUCUACCGACAAAGCUCCAGAUGUGCUGAGGACACAUCUUGCAGAAGAAGCAGCUUUGGAGAGGCAUGAAGCAGAGCAGCCCGGGACCCAUGAAAGACCUGCUCACGUUUGCCCCAUCUGCGAGGACUGGCUGCGGGCUCACCUCGGCCAGCGCGAAGGCGUUCCCACCACGGCCGCGGUGCCGGCAGGAGCUCCCAGCUGGGAGGAAGCGGGCGCCGACGGGGCUGUGUGCCCGGCCUGCGAGGACCGGCUGCACCUUUCCCUGGUGCAUGCGGCCGGGCCGGGCCACCUCACCUGCCCGCUGCGCGGGGCCGGGCCGGGCGCCCACCUGGUGCCCGCUGGGGCCCCCGCCUGCCACGCCUGCCCCCGCUGCCGGGCGCCGACCCAUGCCCACCUCUGCCAGCGCCCGGACGGACGCCCGGACGCCCCGGCAGCCCCGCCGGACGCCGAGCCCCGGGAAAAUGCCUGAUGGCUCCCGAUGGCUCCGGCUUCCGAGCGAAGAGUCACAAAACCGGUUGAAAAGAACGGAGAGUUAUCACACUAAUGUCUUACCUUCUCACUGGAGUUUUAAAUUCAAGGCAAUGUGAAAUGAAGUUUCCCACUUUGCAAUCAGCAAGUUCUUUGCAAAGAAUACGAAGGAUCGAGCAUGCUUCAACUUCAGCUCCUCACUGGUUUGGUGCCUAAAGUGUUUCAUGCUUUAGUAAGAAAAAGAACUAUUUUUGCAGUUCUCAAAAUGAACUUUUUAAAUUCAGUGAAUGUUUCUCUCUAUUAGGAAAAUAAUUUCAUAGUAAGCAUCCUGUUUGCACAGUCUUGCAAGAUUUACUUGUAUUUUAAAAACUUUUUUAUUGAGGUCCAUUUAGUGGUGUGCACGUACGAGUGAACAAACAUACAGUAUUUAUAGUAAAACUAUUUUGUAAAUAAAGGGAUUACUAGGAAUACUAAAUAAAGAAUACUAGUAUCCUGA